AUGAAGGAUGCCUCGAAUGGCUCUGGUCAGCCUGUACCACUCAUGACAGCAUGGAAUACCGAAUCACAAAUCCAUCUUAUCAUUGGCGCCAAUCCUCUGGCGGCGGCGAGAUGUACGAAGAGCCUUAACGCCGGCGCCACCCCGAUUCUCAUUGCGCCGGAGACUGCAGACUUGCACUUUACUCUGUCAGAAUACAUUUCCAAGGGAUCUGUACAAUGGCUACGUCGCGAGUUUCAAGACAGUGACUUGACUAGUCUGGGAAGAGAGGAAGUGGACCGCGUGGUCGACAUGGUCUUCGUUACCUUGGGUGGCAAGCAUACCUCGAGCCCACAUAUCUCAACAUUAUGUCGCCGUCUUCGAAUCCCCGUCAAUGUGUCCGAUGCUCCCGAGCUCUGCUCAUUCAGCCUUCUCUCAACCUACUCCGACGGGCCGCUACAUAUUGGAAUUACAACAUCGGGACGUGGAUGCAAACUCGCAUCAAGACUUCGACGUGAAAUUGCUGCUUUCCUCCCUGCAAACCUUGGAUCUGCCAUUGAUCGACUAGGUUCCGUGCGUCGGCAAUUAUGGGAAGAAGACAACGCAGCGGGACUGGGUGAAUCGGCUUUUGAGGGAGAUGAUGACGAUGCAGCUGGUCAAAAUCAUCACUUCAAUUCACUGGUCACGGAGGGUGAUUACUGGCCACUACGCAAGCUUGUCUCCAUCACCGAUUCCGAUAUCGAUGCUAUUCUGAAAGCGUACACUAGUGGGAGGAACGAUACUUCCGAUGUCAGUGGUGUCAACGGUGUUAGCACAAUUACGAAGAAGGGAAAGAUCGUGCUCGCUGGAUCCGGUCCUGGUCACCCUGACCUACUGACUCGCGCUACAUAUAACGCCAUUCAAAAUGCGGAUAUCAUCCUGGCUGAUAAACUGGUCCCGGCUCCGGUUUUGGACUUGAUUCCUCGUCGCACCGAGGUCCAUAUCGCCCGCAAGUUCCCCGGUAACGCCGAUCAGGCCCAGGAGGAGUUCUUGCAGAUGGGUCUUGCCUCUUUGAAAAAGGGCCAGCAAGUGCUUCGCUUGAAACAGGGAGAUCCGUACCUCUAUGGACGUGGAGCGGAGGAGUUUGAAUUCUUCCGAAAUGAAGGAUUCAUUCCCGUGGUACUGCCUGGUAUCACCAGCGCCAUGAGCGCUUCGCUUUUCGCCGAUAUCCCGGCCACGCACCGGGGUGUCUCUGACCAGGUUUUGGUCUGCACGGGGACUGGCAGGAAAGGCGCUGCGCCGAACCCACCAGCUUAUGUUCCCACGCAAACAGUUGUCUUCCUGAUGGCUCUUCACAGGCUGUCUGCUCUUAUCGAGUCGCUCACCGGAUUCCCUGCUGAAGAUACCGAGCGAUCUCGAGCACUUUGGCCGAAGAAUACUCCAUGCGCUAUUGUUGAGCGCGCAUCUUGCCCUGAUCAGAGGGUUAUCCGCUCGACGUUGGAGAAUAUUUGUCUGGCCUUUGAGGAGGCGGGUUCCCGACCACCUGGUUUGUUGGUUGUUGGGGCAAGCUGCCACGUUCUACAUAGCCCUCAGGAUGGACAGAAGUGGGUUAUUGAAGAGGGAUUCCAUGGACUUGAAGAGCUUCAUGGAGAGGUGGAGGCUGCUUUGGAGAAAUGA